AUGCCUACUGAAGCCUCCAACGUGUCACGCGCUGGUAUCACAACCUCAGCGACUGGCGAGCGACACAUCCCCUCGUCCAUCCGACCUGAUGGUUCUGUAAGAAAGGAAAUUCGCGUACGCCCUGGCUACCGUCCUCCGGAGGAUGUCGAACUUUACAAGAAUCGUACUGCCGAAGCAUACAAGAAUCGUGGCCAAAAGUUGGCCAAGAAGCUUCGCCAGGCGCGCGAUCUUCAGGACAAGAAAGAGAAGGGUGAUGCCUUGCUCCCAGAGCAGUUUCAGAAGGUCGUCAAGAUCAACGAGCUUAUUCGCCAGCUUGAAACUUUGGGUUUUGAUUCCAACGGAGACAAAAAGUCAACAGAAGCAGAAUCGUGA